AUGAGCGCCGACAACGAUCUUCUCGAAGCCUUCAAGGCAGCCGCUUUGUCGGUGACUAAGCUGUACAAGACCACCGCUCCCGCCGUAGCAAAGGCGCGUAGCGAGGGAUACCAAGACUGUCUCGACGAUCUUCUCGCGUUCCUCGACAGGAGGAGGUUGGGCUUGAGUGAUGGCGAAGGAUGGAUUAUUCGGAGUUGGGCGACGGAGCGCUUGGACGGUCGGGAUCUCCCAACGGCAGAAAGCGACGAUGACGAAAAGAUCGAACCCGCACUAUCGCCCCAAGCGCAAUCAUCAGAUCCAAUUCAAGAGGAGGAUCAAAUGAGGGACUCGCCACCUGCCCCUGCUGUUUUCGAGCCUCCCCAACAAGAACAACCACAUGAUCACGAGCAACCGCAGCAGGAGUCCCAGCAGCGACAGCCGCCUUCCAACCCAGAGGACUUCCAGAUUGUGGUUCCAACACAAGAAACAUUCACCUUUCAAUCGGCACAUCCAUUCCCCCACGAGGAGGCGAUGAAGUUGGAAAACCUGGCGCUUUCCGAUGCUCCCAGGAAUCGCUCCGUCUCGACUUCGACAAGUUCGCGGAACAACAGAAACCGCGCGCUCAGACAAUCUGCUACACGAACACUCGGCCGUGGCGCAGGACAGAAGCGAAAGGUGGUCGAUCUUGCAGAGUUCUUCCGAAUUGACAACUUUGGGCCUGGGAAUGACAAGGAUCCCUUCAACCAGAACUCUAAAAGGAGCCGCCACACCUAA